AUGCCUCCCAUCCGGAGCCGCGACCGUCUUUUCCCCUCUAUGCACACAGUUCUUCGUCAAGCAGAUUCUCUUCCUGCAAGUGCUACGAUAUACUACCAACACGUUCCCCUGCCCUCGUUUGUCUUUCGAUAUGAGCCUUAUGGCCACGAAUACUUCAACAGAAAUCAUCCCCUGAUGACUACAACUCAUGAUGGAGAUAUUGAUUGGGACGAGUGUGUUUAUUUCACUGUGGCUCUCCCGACGAAGGGAGAGCUUGCCCUCGAUGAGGCACCUCUGGAGCCAGAGCCUCCCCGUGAUCCAGUUAGGCGCCCUCGCAUAUCUGUUCUUGUCAUCCUCUUGCUGUCACUUGCCGUCUUCACCUCACUCGUUUGGGAUAAGAUCCAACCUGAUACCAAAAAAGUCUGUCGGGGCUGCCCGACACUGGCAUAA